ACGAGAUUCACAAAGUUUUUUUUGAAAAAAAUUGUCCCAGUAAAUUUGAGAAUGGGAAGAACUGGCGAAGAAUCCAGCCAAGCCAGUGAGGGUCGCGAGAGGGCAAGGAAGAAGAACAAAACCCCGAAGAAUGUGAGGGAUAAAAGUUUACCUCAAGACGAAAAAUCUCACAGAAGCUCUUCCCGCAGUCGCUUCCUCAGUUGGCGUAGGAAAUGUCCUGAGAAGAGCAAGAGUUUUGAUCAAUCUGAAAUCGAGACGAAGGUCGAUCCCAUCAACAGCCAGCUGGAGAAGAAAAAGAGUGAAGAUCCAGAGGUUCCAAGUUCUCAUCUGCAGAGUAAUCCGAAGUAUGAUUUUGUCAUGCAUCACACUCUAAAAUUGAAGAGUGAUUGUCGUGCUAAUUUGUAUUGCAAACGCGAAGACAACAUCAGCCAGCUCCUCCUAGGGAAAUCCAAAGAAAACCCUGCCAACCGACAACGGACACGCAGACGUGGUGGUUUUUGGUCUGGAUCUGCCAAGGUUCAGCCGACGUUGUGGCCUAAAAACUCCAUUGAUUUCGAUCCUUUACUUUAUGGUCAUCUCGAUGACGGCGGAGUCUGGACUGGAGAAGAACAGGCUCAAGAUCUCCACCAACCUCCUGAUCUCACAUCGCAAACCCACUGGCAAUCUCCCAAUAAGCUCAAAACCCGUAAAAUAAAUGUGGAUCUUCUGGAAACUCUGCACGGCGAGAAGUCGGGUUCACCGUCUCCAUCUACCACACCAAAGACAUUUUCGUGGUUGCCACCAGGAAGCGAAAUGGAAGAGAAACAGUCGCCCAGUGCUCUUUCAUCCUCGAGGAAGUCAAGCAACUCUUCAACAGGCAAAGACUCGAUUCCAAAGAACAAAGCAACAAAAUAUUUUCCUGCUGAAGUCAUUUUUCAGACGGGUAAACAAACAAGCAUCAAACAACACAAAGAAAUAGUUGACUCGGAUCAGAGGAAUGUUGAAACAGAUGGUACAACUGUUGUAAUUACUGAAGCUUUCGCAAACACGAACGUAGUUCAGUUGCCCGCCUGUCCUGUGAAUCCGGAACUAUCUUCAAGUGUCAAGAAAAAAGUGCGAUCGUCUUUUAAAAAACGGGGAAUUAGUGUUCCUGAUUACGGUCGAGGUACUGACUACCUUGAACCAAAGACGAUAAUAACUUUGGAAAGACAGCAAAAAGCAAAUCUAAAUUUUAUCGAGAAAAAAGAAAAAAGUCACAAGGUUAAAGAUUUGGAAAUUAGUAAAAGCUUUCCUCGCCCUAUACCGGCUAGAGAUCCCUACGUUGUUACCUAUGAUUGGACCAUUUCCCCAGACUACGGGACUUUACCAUCUGCAGAUACGAAAGUUGCUGAGCGUUCUUCAGGAAAUGGAUACCAAGUCGCUCGAGGAGUAGACCAGUUAAUUGCUAGUACGGCGAAACUGAUGCAGCAAGAUACACUGCGUUUGAAUAAAGACUACAUUACUACUAUAGACGCCCCGACGUCGGUUGCUGACAAGUCUUCGCCGAGUACAUCCCUUAGAAGCAGCGAUGGAAAUUCACCCUCCGCUGAGACAUUUUUGAACCAGCUGGAUGCGGCAGAAGCUGAAAAGGUGGUUCACGUUUCCUCACCCUUGUCGACCCCGUCCAGCUCUACUAAUGCCACCGAGAACGUAUUGGAUACUCUAACAACCAAUUCCACCAUGCAAGGAAGCUUGCAGAUUCCUCCAGCACCUUCCACACCUCCAGUUGAUCUCGAUCUCGACAAGGAGGAUAUUUCGUCUUCGCCAUCUUGGCUGCACUCAACCGGAGGAUUUCUAUGGAGCUUCGUGAGGGAAGUCAUGAAGGGGGAGGCGACAGGUGAACUCGAUGAUGAUGGAGAUGAUGAGGACGUGGCUGGCGAUGAUGCAUUCAGCGUCAAAAGGUGGAAACUGAAGUGA